AUGGGAUUCCCGGCCAUGGGAUUGACAAGCUUUAUGAAGAUGGCAGGAAAUAGGUGGAUUAAGAAGGUGGAGGACUCCCUACCACAGCAGCAGAGGAUCGCCGGUGGAGUGUUGGCUACUCCUGGGCAACACCCCUACGCAGCCGCUAUUUUCUUCGCCCGAGAUACUACUAAUUUCCACCUAAUAUGCGGGGGUGCCAUUUUGAACAAUCGAAGUGUCCUCUCAGCUUCUUCUUGUUGGAUUGAUAAUUUUCCAAAUCAGUUUCGCAUUCGGGUUGGCUCGAUUGAUCCAAAAUCCGGUGGCACCGUUCAUAAUGUUGCUACUAUUUUAUCCCAUCCAACGUAUAAUGCAUGGAACCGGAACAAUAAUAUUGGUAUCAUAAGAGCAAGUUCCGCUUUUCCACUUGGGAACAAUGUGCGACCUAUUAUGAUCGCUGGAACAAAUUAUGCUGUGGGUGAUAACCAAUACGUCUGGACGAUGGGAUGGGGCCAGACAACUGAAAAUGGACCACAAUACGGUAAACUCCACCGGGUCGACAUCAGGACGAUUAACCAAGCUCAUUGUCAAAAUGUCUACGGUUUAAAUUUCUUAACUGUAACUAUGAUGUGCGCUGGCUGGACCGAAACUCCACGGGGUGCAUGCUCUGGUGAUAUGGGGUCACCCCUCGUUCAUAGAAAUGUCACUGUGGGCGUUACAUCUUUUAUUACUGGUUGUGGAGAUACACAUUUUCCAGCCAUCUACACGAGAGUUAACAGAUAUACUGCCUGGAUACAAACCAAUGCAUAA